AUGAUAUGCAUAUUAUCUGACUGUGCUUCAACGGACUCAUGGUAUUGGGGUCCUUCCAAAAAUGGUAAAUUUUCGGUAAAGUCUGUAUAUUACUUAGCUUUGAAUUCUAACAUUGUUAAAAAUAGAUCUGACUGUGCUUCUGCAUCAAACUCUUUGUUUUACAAACAGCUUUGGAAAUUAGACAUUUUGCUAAAAAUGAAACUCUUUUUAUGGAGAUGUUGUGUGAAUGCUUGUUGUGUUAAUCAAUUACUUUUUACUACAUCCAUCACCCAUAAUGCUAAAUGCCUCAUUUGUCAGUUGGAUGAGAAAUCCAUUGUGCAUGCUUUGUUUCGGUGUUCUUUUGCCUCUUCAUGUUGGUUGGCUUCCCCUUUCCGUUUGGACACAUCUUCCUUUCAAGGUAAUGAUUUUAAAGAUUGGAUUUGCUUCUUGUUUGAUAAGUAUAGGGAUGCUCCAGACCAACGUGACUGUUAUAUCCAAUGGCCAUCUCUUCUUUGGCAAAUCUGGAAAACCCGAAAUAAGGUAGUAUUUAUCUUUGAAAAUCCGAAUCUUACUGCCACCAUCAAAGCUUUUAAUCAUACUGUGGAAGAAGGUAGACUGGGUAUAAGCCGAUUUCCUAAUCCUCAUUUGCCCGAUAAUAAUCCUUCUUCUUAUUGCUUGUCUUUUGAUUUCAGCCUGCAUGUUUCUUCUCCAACUUUGAUUCUGGCUUUCACUGAUGGGGUAUGGAACAACAAAUCAAUGAAAGGUGGAAGGGGGGUUAUUCUGUUCAAUGGAGUUAAGCGUUUCAUUGCAGCUAAAUGCAAGGCUGGUUCGAGUUUCCCAGCAGCGUCUAUGGAGGCAGAAAGUGUUCGUGAUGCAUUACUGCUAGCUAGUAGCUUGGGUUUUUCAAACUUGGUUUUAUUCUCAGAUUGCCAAGCCCUUGUCAGCUCUCUUAACGGGAUCUCAUCCUCCCUUGAUUGGGCUGCACUCUCCAUUAUGGAGGACAUUUUAUCUAUUUCCUCAAGUUUUAUAAACAUUGAGUUUCGUUUUAUCCUUAGAUCUUUGAAUAAGGAAGCUCACUUCCUUGCAACAUGA